AUGUACCAUUGCCUUGCUUUAGUCUGGUAUUUUUUUGUCAUCUAUUCAAUCACAUGUCUAAGAACAGAAGAACAGCCAUCUGAAGUGUUCCUUUAUGGUGGCCAGUGGAAAUAUUUGACAGUCCUCAAUCUGGUUUUGCAGGCUGUCUUCUAUGGGGUGUCCUUCCUGGCUGAUGUGUUGAGACUAAUUAAGAAACUGCGAUGUGCUAAGUGCAUAAUUUCCAGCAGAGACCUUCUUUUCAGUGUCCUGGCUUUCCCAGUGUCCACAUUUGUGUCUAUAUCCUUUUGGACACUGUAUACCUACAACCGAGAGCUAGUUUACCCCAAAAGCCUUGAUGGAGUCAUUCCGCUCUGGUUAAAUCACGCUAUGCACACGGCAAUAUUGCCAGUUGCUCUCCUGGAAAUCCUUGCCACACCACAUCACUACCCAGCAAAGAAGAACGGACUGAUCCUAUUAGGAUGUACUGCUUUUCUUUAUAUCAGUUGGGUCCUGUGGAUCUAUUUUGUAACGGGAGAGUGGGUAUAUCCUCUCUUUGCUUCCUUCAGCCCAGCUGGGCUAGGAGCCUUUUUCAUCAGUAACCUUGCCAUCAUCGUCUGUUUCUACAACUUUGGAGAGUUUCUCAACCGUAUGAUAUGGGGAGAUUCAAUAGUAAUACUGGACUACAAGCAGAAAGGCAAGUGAAUGCUCCUUUUCAAGCCAAUCUCUCCACGAAUGCUGAAGCCAUGAAGUAGAGGAAAAUAAAUGCAGCUGUGAUAAAUCCUUUCUCCAAUGCACUGCAGCUUCUGGUGAAGCCAUUUUAUCAUCAGAUGUAUGGAAAACUGGUGGAAAAUAUGAAAUGUUUGCCUCUUACAUGAUAAAUCCACAACUGCUAUGAAUCAGAAAAUGGUGUUAAUCUGUUUACACACAUUUCACAUCUCUUGCACAACAUACAUGAGGAUGUGUCCAUGGUUAAAACUUGUCACUGGUAAACAAACUCCCUCACAAGCUUGGCACCGCUCUGUGACGGACCUGUGAAUGUUAGCCAGAUCUUGUUUGGAUUGCCCUUAAUCAGGUCUGAAAAAAAAUAAGAGGAGAGAUAAUUUUAACACUGCUGUGACUUCCAGGCUAGAUAGAUAACAAAUUGGGCUAAUAAGGACUGCAAUUUGGAAUGUCUGCUC